AAAUUAAAGCGUUUUAUUCAUCAUAUAGGAGUAUUGAUAAUAUCGUGUUGGUGUCACAAACAUGGCUAGAGUCAGUAAAGAUGUUACUGAUAUUGAGGAUAUCCUAGCGCUGAAUCCUCGAGUGCAGGAAUUCGCCAAUUUCGUCCCAUCGAGCUCCACCAAAACCAACAAAGCCCACUGGAAGAGAAACGCCAGCAAAAAUUGCCAAAGCUGCGAUUCGCUAGAAAACAAUUUCUCCGACGUGAAACCGACCACCCUGAGCGAAAGAGGCGCGCUCAAAGAAGCCGCCCGUUGCCUGAAAUGCGCCGACGCCCCUUGCCAAAAAUCCUGCCCCACGCAGCUGGACAUCAAAUCCUUCAUCACCAGCAUCGCCAACAAGAAUUAUUAUGGAGCGGCCAAAGCCAUCUUCUCCGACAAUCCUCUGGGGAUCACCUGCGGGAUGGUGUGCCCCACCAGCGACCUCUGCGUCGGCGGGUGCAACCUCCAAGCCACCGAAGAAGGGCCCAUUAACAUAGGAGGAUUGCAACAAUUCGCCACGGAGAUUUUCAGUCAAAUGGGGGUGAGGCAAACGAGAGAUCCCAGAACCCCGACACCCAAGAACCCCAACGCGAAAAUCGCGUUAAUAGGCGCUGGCCCCGCCUCGCUAUCUUGCGCUACUUUCCUAGGUCGAUUGGGUUACGAUAAUGUGACUAUAUACGAAAAAAAUACUGUCUUAGGAGGCUUGAGCGCCACGGAAAUCCCCCAAUACCGCCUACCGAUCAACGUGGUCAACUUCGAAAUCAAACUCGUCGAGGACCUCGGCGUGAAGAUAGCAACGGGCCGGUCGCUCUCCGCCAAAGACCUCACCGUCGAGCGGCUGCUCGAAGACUCCGGCGCCGUCUUCCUGGGCUUCGGGCUGCCCCAGCCCAAGAUCAACGCGACCUUCGACGGCCUGACCGCCGCCAACGGGUUCUACACCUCCAAGUCCUUCCUGCCGCAGGUCAGCGGCGCCAGCAAGGCGGCCGGCGGGUGCGCCUGCAAGGGCUCCGCGCCGCUGCCGAGGCUCCACGGGAACGUCGUAGUACUGGGAGCCGGCGACACGGCCUUCGAUUGCGCCACGUCGGCGCUCCGCUGCGGCGCCAGGAAGGUCUUCGUGGUGUUCCGAAGGGGCUUCACCAACAUCAGAGCCGUGCCCGAGGAGGUAUCCGUCGCGGUGGAGGAGAAAUGCGAAUUGGUGGGAUUCAUGUCGCCCCGUUCGGUUAACGUUAAAGGCGGUAAAAUAACAUCGGUGACUUUCUGUAGAACCGAACAAACUGAGGACGGUAAAUGGGUGGAGGAUCCCACGCAGUUAAACACCAUCAAAGCCAGUUUCUUGAUAUCGGCGUUCGGAUCCGGAUUGGAAGACCCAGACACCAUCGAAGCGUUGAAGCCUCUGAAGCUAACCAAGAGCAACCUGCCUCUGAUCGACGUCAAGACGAUGAGAACGUCGCACCCGCGGGUGUGGUGCGGCGGGGACGCCGCCGGCGUCGCCGAGACCACCGUGGAGGCCGUCAACGACGGCAAAAUAGCCGCCUGGUACAUCCACGCGGCGCUGGAAGGCCUGCCGGACGGGGCGCCGCCGAGGCUGCCGCUCUUCCACACGGACAUCGACGAGGUGGAUCUGUCGGUGGAGAUUUGCGGCGUGAGGUUCGAGAACCCCUUCGGGCUGGCGUCGGCGCCGCCCGUCACCAGCGCCCCCAUGAUCCGCAGGGCCUUCGAGCAAGGCUGGGGGUUCGUGGUCACCAAAACCUUCGCUUUGGAUAAGAACAUCGUCACGAACAUCUCGCCUCGGAUAGUCAGAGGUAAUACAUCGGGGCACCACUACGGGCCGCAGUUGGGCUCGUUUUUGAACAUCGAGGUCAUAUCCGAGAAGUACCUGGAGUACUGGAUACGAGGCAUCGAGGAGCUCAAGCGAGAUUUCCCUCGCAAAGUGAUCAUAGCCAGCGUGAUGUGCGAGUACAUCCAACAGGACUGGGUGGAAAUCGCCACCAGAGUGGAAUCGGCGGGCGCCGAUAUGCUGGAAUUGAACUUGAGCUGUCCCCAUGGAGUCGGCGAAUCCGGCAUGGGUUUAGCCUGCGGACAAAUUCCCGAGAUGGUGGAGAACAUCUCCAAGUGGGUGAGGAGCGCCGUGAAGAUUCCUUUCUUCAUCAAACUCACUCCAAACACGACGGAUAUCACGAAAUUGGCCGCAGCAGCGAAUAGAGGAGGUGCUUGGGGAGUGUCUGCGAUAAAUACAGUAUCUGGUUUGAUGCAAGUGAACCCAGAUGGUACUCCCUGGCCUGCGGUGGGAAUAACCAAAAGAACUACUUACGGAGGUGUUAGCGGCAACGCUACCAGACCUAUGGGAUUGAGAGCUGUAUCGGCUAUAGCUAGAGAUGUCCCAGGACUUGCUAUUUUAGGUGUCGGUGGGGUGGAGUCUGCAGACACAGCUUUGCAGUACAUUCAAUGCGGAGCUUCCGCCGUGCAAAUUUGCAGCGCGGUGCAAAAUCAAGACUUUACGCUCGUAGAAGAUUAUUGCACCGGUUUGAAAGCGUUGAUGUACUUGGAUGGUAAGCUCAACGGUUGGUUGGGGCAGAGCCCUCCUACCUACAAACACCAAAAAGGGAAGACGAUCGUGCCGAUCUACGACGAAACUGGAAAAAAACUGCCGCAUUUCGGAGAAUACCGAAACAAACGCGACGAAAUCCUGAGCGAGCUGUACAAGGAAUCCAAGCUGGAGGAAAAACGAACUCCACAUCACGCUGAUGCGAUUAAUAUUUCCAGCGAUAAUUCCCGAAUCCAGCACUCCAAGCCGCAAAUUAAGGAUUUCAUCGGCAGGGCUUUGCCGAAUAUCGGAGCUUACAAAAGCUUGAACAACAAGGAACAAGUCGUAGCUUUAAUAGACGACGACCUCUGCAUAAACUGCGGCAAAUGCUACAUGGCUUGCAAUGAUUCGGGAUACCAAGCUAUACAUUUCGAUCCAGAAACGCAUAUUCCAAAGGUCAACGACGAUUGCACGGGUUGCACCAUGUGCUUGUCCGUUUGCCCGGUCAUCGAUUGCAUUAGCAUGGUGCCGAAGACGAUACCUCAUGUCAUAAAAAGAGGUCGCAUCGGGGAACCCGUUAAGCUAAUUCACGCGUUAGAUCAGUUAGGUCAAUAAAUAAUGAUGCAAAGAAUGUAUUUAAAAUUGGAAAUAAAAUGACUAGCAUA